AUGAAUCCUACGCAACAGCGAUACUCGAUCUACGAUCAGGAACUCUUGGCGUUGGUCGUGGCACUGGACAAGUGGUCGCACCUGCUCCGGGUAUCCAAGGUAACGGCCUACACUGAUCAUCAAGCUCUCACUCAUCUCCAACGGCUCCGGGCAUCGAAGCCUCUGCGCGGACGCACCGCCCGGUGGCUAGACUUUCUUGCGGAGUUCCCGGACUUGCACAUCACGUAUGUUCAAGGAGCGCGCAAUCAAGUUGCCGAUGCUCUGUCUCGCCGUCCCGGCCUCUCUCACGCCUGCUCGCACGACACACCAUCGCCACCUCUGAUGCUUGCAGUAGCACAAGCACGCGAGGCUCCCUGCACUCGUGGUCGGUCUGCCAACUACAGGGAGCUCGCCGGCCUUCGUUCACGACGGCCUCGACGGCGCAGCACACCGCCCGCACUUUCACCUGCGCUGCCAGAACCCAACCAAGAGGCAGCGAAUCCUACACACACAACGCAGACACCAGCUGCCCCUCCUGAUGUAUGCCAUUGGCCGCGCGCUUACUCGCAGUGUCCUAUUUUUAGCGCUCCCUACAAGGCAGCAGCAAACCAACCAGGAGAAGCUCUGCAGCUCGAGUUUCGUAAUCGACAAUUCACCUUUCGCUACGUCGAGCCUUACCUGCAUAUCCGCGUUCAUGGCCUGUGGCGCAUCUGUGUUCCCCAAUUCCCUGAAUUCCUCACUCACGUUUUGUAUUCCCUUCACGAUCAUGUCACAGCAGGCCACCGCGGACAGAAAAAGACCUUCGCGGCCCUCAGCAAGCUCUACUACUGGCCGGGAAUGCGCGCUUACACCACUGCUUACGUUGAGUCCUGCACUCAUUGUCGAGCGUCAAAGUAUCUUAACCAGAAGCCUGCAGGCCUUCUUCAACAGCUGCUCAUCCCUUCUCGUCGCUGGGCGCACGUGAGUCUCGACUUCAUCACAGAUCUUCCCCUUACAGCGACGGGACAUGAUUCCAUCCUUGUCCUGGUCGACUCCCUCAGUAAGAUUGCUCAUUUCGUUCCUGCAGCGAAGUCAUUCACAGCAGCAGACACAGUGGAGCUCCUAGCCGACCGUCUUAUCCGCUAUUACGGUUUCCCAGAAGUGCUUAUAUCGGAUCGCGACCCCCGUUUCCAAUCAGACCUUUGGAACCAGCUCUGUCGCCGCUUCAACAUCAAACGGUGCAUGUCCCCGUCCUACCAUCCCCAAAGCGACGGCCAAACUGAACGGGUUAACCGCACACUGGAGCAGAUGCUGCGUACAUAUAUCAGAUCUGAUGAACGCGAGUGGGAGCGUUUGCUCCCAGCCUUGGAACUUGCCUACAACACAACAAGCCAUUCAUCCACUGAACUCUCUCCUUUCGAGGUCAUGAUUGGAGAAAACCCAUUGACUGCUGCGGAACUUGAUAUCGUAGGCGCGUUAGCUCCUACGCUCACUCCUCCCAUGACUAGGCUUUUCCGGCAGCUCUACGACAGAGCGCAGAGUCACAUCCUGAAGGCGAAAUGGCAGCAGAAGUAUUACGCAGACACAAAGCGUCGAGCAGUGGAAUAUGCAGUGGGGGAUAAGGUCUGGCUCAGCAGCAAGCACCUACCGCCUUUCAACAGCUGCCCUAAGCUCGAGCCCCGCUACCGCGGACCCUUCGAAGUCCUCCAACGCAUAGGAACUGUUGCUUACCGUCUCGCUCUGCCUCCCACUUAUGAAUGCCAUGGUGUUUUCCACGUUUCACAGCUAGUUCCCCACCGCCCCCGCCCUCCUGCUUUGGUUCCCUCGGCAGCCGACGCUGCCUGGCCUCCUAUCCACGAUGCAGCAGGCAAUCCCACAGAUGAAUACGAAGUCGACUAUAUUAUGGA